CGCCUCGGCUGCUGCUAUCAGCCAGCAGGUUGUUGUUCCAGCUGACGUGUUGUUUCCCCAUCUCAAGAGUCACGCCGAAUUGCUCGCGACUUUUUGUGGGUGGGACGAACGACGACGACGACAGUGAAGAUGGUGAUGAUCGGUGGAUGGUCAAAUGGCGUGGCGCAAGUUUACGUUCUUCUCGUGGUGGCCCGUGCCGUGUCCGCUGCCAACUUGACCGAAGAAGCGUCGCCUUCGUGCCCCCUUGGCUACUUCCCGUGCGGCAACCUGAGCAUGUGCCUGCCCCAAUUGCUGCACUGCAACGGUGCUGAUGACUGCGGGAACCAAGCGGACGAGGAGAACUGCGGAGAUAACAAUGGAUGGCCACACCUCUUUGACAAGUACUUUGGAAUGCCGAGCCACAAUGGCAGAACCAAGUCCAACAUGUGCCUGCUUGGCCUCAUUCCUGACCUGUGCCAGUGUCGAGACCUGGAGCUGGACUGCGAUGGUGCGCAGCUCCGUGACGUGCCGGUGUUGGCUGUGAAUGUCACCAUGAUGUCUUUGCAGAGGAACCAUCUGCAGAGACUGAAAGCAAACACCUUCUUCCCGUACCACAGCCUGCAGAAACUAUACCUGCAACAUAACGAGAUCGAAGAUGUGAGUCCGACUGCUUUCAGAGGGCUAUACAAUCUCACCAGGCUAUAUCUUAACUACAACCGGAUUUCUGUGCUGAAGCCCGGUGUGUUCAGGGACCUGCAUAAGCUGGAGUGGUUGAUCUUGGAGAACAAUAACAUCCAUCACAUUUCAUCCAAGACCUUUUCAGGACUGAACUCGCUGGUCUUGCUAGCUUUGUUGAACAACACUCUGACAAAGCUAGAUGACAUCUGUCGCGAGAUGGCCAGGCUCAACUGGUUAGAUUUGGAGGGAAAUCUUAUUGAGACCUUGGAGAAUGUGUCCUUCUACUCCUGCAGCAUGCUGACAGUCCUGGUUCUUCAGCGGAACAGGAUCAGCCACAUACAUGAGCAAGCCUUCUCGGUCCUCCAAAAUCUUGGAGAGUUGGAUCUCUCCAGCAACAGACUGUUGAAAAUCCCACCUAAUCUCUUUUUACUUCUGGGGGAUUUGCUUCAACUAAAUAUUUCAUACAAUCCCAUUAGAGAACUGCAGGUGGACCAUUUUGACAAGCUCCAUAAACUUAAGUCAUUGAGCAUCGAGGGCAUCGAAAUUACCAACAUCCAACGACGAAUGUUCGAGCCUCUCAAAUACUUAACCCACAUCUACUUCAAAAAGUUCCAGUACUGUGGUUAUGCGCCUCACGUGCGCAGCUGCAAGCCCAACACGGACGGCAUCUCAUCCUUCGAAGACCUGCUGGCCAACAUCGUGCUGAGGGUCUUCGUCUGGGUGGUCUCGGCCACCACCUGUUUUGGCAACAUCUUUGUCAUCUGCAUGCGUUCUUAUAUUCGCUCGGAGAACAAGCUGCACGCCAUGUGCAUCAUCUCCCUCUGCUGUGCAGAUGGGUUGAUGGGCAUCUACCUGUUCAUGAUUGGGUCGUACGACCUGAAGUUCCGCGGCGAGUACAACCAGCACGCCCAGGCCUGGAUGGACAGCAGCCAGUGCCAGGUGAUCGGCUCUCUGGCCAUGCUGUCCACCGAGGUGUCAGUUCUCCUGCUCACCUACCUGACUCUGGAAAAGUACAUCUGCAUCGUGUACCCCUUCCGCUACCUGACUCCAGGUUGGCGCCGUACCGUGACGGUGCUACUAGGCAUCUGGUUGUUCGGCUUCAUAGUGGCCUUCCUUCCCCUGGCCUUCAAGGGCCUCUUCCGCAACUUCUACGGAACCAAUGGCGUGUGCUUCCCGCUACACUCGGAGCAACCCGAGACGCUCUGGGCGCACAUUUACACCAUCGCCAUCUUCUUGGGUCUGAACCUGGUGGCAUUCCUGAUCAUUGUGCUGGCCUACGCCAGCAUGUUCUACAACAUCCAGCGCACGGGCACGCAGACCACCAAGUACAGCAACCACAUCAAGAAGGAGGUGACCAUCGCCAAACGCUUCUUCUCCAUCGUCAUCACAGACUCGCUUUGCUGGAUCCCUAUUUUCAUCCUAAAGAUCCUGUCCCUGCUGCAGGUGGAGAUUCCAGGCACCAUUACCUCGUGGGUGGUCAUAUUCAUCCUGCCCAUUAACAGCGCCCUCAACCCCAUCCUUUACACACUGACCACCCGUCCCUUCAAGGAGACCCUGAUGCAGGUGUGGGCCAACUAUAAGCAGCGGAGGCCGGCGGUGGCCAGUCACCCCAUCCAUCAGCGUUCGCUCACCUGGCAGGAAAUGUGGCCCCUGCAGGACUCCACCCCGGUGGUGGGGGACCAUCGGGGCGGGGCCAACACAAUCCCCGCCAAGCAAACUGGCCUUGCGGAAGAUGACCCCAGCGUUCCCGUGUGAAUCCGCUCCAGAGUCAGAAUCUGUGCGUUCAAUUGCAAGUGAAAUGGUGGAUGAAAGACCUGUGCCAAGCCUGAACAAUCCUGACCAUGUGGGAAAUUUGCAGGUCAACUUGAACACCCCAUCCGCAUCGGUACCUUA